AUGGAGAGCAACCACCUACGCAUUGCGAUGGCUCUGUCGGCGGCUGGAAUGCUGCUCAUGCCAGUCUUUGGUCUGCUGUUGCGAUUCCAACCACAGUACGUGAACGGGCUUCAUUCGAACACCAGCAACGCUGAAUUCAACUGCUACAUCGUGGGCGGCCUGUACGGCGGCGUAUUCCUGAUAUGCAACCUGUUGUUUUCGCUCAAGACACGCGGCUGCUUCGACAAGAAGCAGAAGGAGGCUCAUGACGACAGAAGCAGGAGAAAUCAGCGUUUCAAUCUCCCAUUCAUGGACUUGGAGAGCAAGGAACGGACACUGGAUUUGCCUACCAAAUUCCCAUGCAAAGUAGACACAGUGUAG